AUGUACCGCGUCUCGGCCCUGCUCCCCUCGUGGGACAGGUUGAAGCAGCAGCAGACCCAGCAAACGCAGCAACAGCAACAGCAGCAGCAAUCGCAGCCGCAACCACCAUCGCAACAACCAGGUCCCAAGACUCCUGGCCCUUUGGAUCGGGUGUUCGGUUGGGCCGAGAAGAUUGUACCCGUUGCCCGUAGCACUGCUCCCGCGACGCCGCCCUCGGUCCGCUACCGCCGCGAAGACUACUGGCCCACUACUCUCGACAGAGAAUGCGAUAAAGCAGCCCGCAUUCUUAAAUCUUUUUGCUUUGAUGGUUUCCUCUCCGAAGAGCUGCCUUCCGAUACCCCUGAAGCGCAAGAAAAGGCCCAGUCCGAAGAAAAGUCAAAAGACGAGACGCAGACGACCCGCUUCCUUAUCAAGCGUAUCCCCUCACGAAUCAUCCAAAAUGCCGUCGGUCUGGCGAUUUUCUCGUGCAUGCGCUCCGGAUUGUGGAUGUCGGGGUCCGGAGGAGCCGGCCUGAUCACCGCUCGGAAGGCUGACGGCACCUGGUCGCCGCCUUCAGGCAUCAUUCUACAUACUGCCGAGCUGGCCUUCGUCAUGGGUGUGGACAUCUACGACUGCGUGCUGGUUAUCAACAGCGUACAGACCCUCGAGUUCUUUACCCGCCCGCGGUUAAUCUUGGGUGUCGACGUCAACUUGGAUGUUGGACCCCUGGUUCCCGACGGCGGUCCGGAGCCCGAGAUUAAAUGGAAGGAGAUCAGCGAUACCGUCCUGACGUACGUGAAAGCAAGGGGCAGGCACCAGGCCGUGCAGCUGGAUGGGUCAUUGGUAGUGGAGCGCUGUAACGAGAACGAGCGGUUUUACCGGUCCGGUGUGUCGGUGCUUGACAUCCUCGCCGGCAACGUGCCCAAGAAUGUUCCUGAAAUAAGGCCAUUGUUUGAGGUCAUCAAGGCGGCUGAGGGCCGCUCCGACUACGACAAGGCGCUCAUGUCGUGGCUGGCUCAGCAGCCGGCCCCUGGCGAUGCCGACAUCGAGUGCCCUGUCUCCCCCGUGACCACCCCGCCCAAGUCAUCUGCCUUUGGCAUCCCCGACGCCAACGACCCCGACCCGUUCGGCAUUAUCAGUCUUGAGAUGGCCGGCAUCGAGAUCCGCGAGGCUGGCAGCAAGUCCCGCCCGGCUAGCACCCAGCUGGACUACCACCCGAGCAACCCCAUGAGCCCUAUUUCGGCUCGCUUCCGUCAGAGCAUCGAUACCUUUGUAUCGAGGAGCAACCGCGGCAGUGUUAUGUCUUCUCGUACUCAGAUUACCGCCAUGACCGACGGCUAUGCGCCGACUGACGUGGCCAGCACCGCCGAUACGACAUACACUAACAACAGCGACGACGGCAAGGACGGCAUCGAUAAGCUGCCUACCGUUGUCGAGCCCGAAGAGAUCGACUAUACGAAGGUCGAUACGAGCAUUUUGGAGCGGCUGAAGCGCCGCACCAUGGAGCCGCGUCCGGCACCCGCCUUGGCCCAGGUCGCCGAGGAGACCGAGCCGGCCAAGGAGCAGGAGGAGGUCACGGAGACGCCCAAGACCGAGCCGACCAAGGAGGAGGAGGCCACAGAGACGCCCAAGGCCGAGGCGGCCCGGUCCGUUUUAGCACAGAAGGAGUCAGCGCCUGAGCCUUCGCAAGCUAACAAAACAACCGAACCCGCGCUGGAGGAAUCCCAGAACCCGCCCACCCCGCAGUCCGACUCGACCGAUGACCUCGAGGAGGAUGCCGACGAUGAAGAGGAAGAUGAGGAAGAACCCAUCAUCUGCGAGGUCGAGGUGGCCACCGCCACGGUCCAGCCCGCUCGCAGCUCCCUGCAGGCUAAACCCCAAGUUACCCAGGUCGCCCAGGUCAUCCAGGCCAAGGGCGCCAUCGUCACCAUCCCCAAGCGCGUGCCGCCCCCGCUGCCUGCCAAGAGCCCCGCGCGUAUGUCCCGGGGUAGCUUGAGGAGUGAGUACUCUCUGGGUGGAGAUGUCGCGUCGCUCAAGAGCCCCAAGAGGAGCUCGUUUAUGUCGAUUGAGUCGCGGAUCGAUGAGGAGGGUGCCACUUCGCUGAAUGAAGUGCUUGCCCCUCCUGCCGAGUCGAUCCAGAAGGAUGAGCAGUCCCAGGCUGCUGCCCCAAGCCCCAAGCAUCAGAGGAAUUCGUCGUCGGUGUGCACCGCCGUCGCGGUUGCUUCCUCCUCGUCUGCCUCGGUCAAAAGCCAGGAGGUCCCCUCCUCUGAGACCAGCACCACUGUCACGACUGCCAACAGUAGCAGCAACAGCAGCGUUGCUAUCCCGUCGCCCGUGCCAUCAUCCGCAUCGUCUCAGCCUGCGCUUGAGCCCGCCUUGUCGUCGUCUUCCACCGAGGAUGAUUCUGAUGAGCGCGAGCCCAAGACACCCAAGUCGGCCAAGGAGAUGGCAGGAUUUAAGGCGUCCGAGAAGAAGGAACUGCAGGUUAUGGAGAAGGAGCAGGAGAAGAAGCCUGUGAAGAUUGUGAGUUCGUCGUCUGACGGUGAGGAAGCGGUUGCUCCUUCUGUUGCGGCGACGUGA